AUGGCAUGUCAAAGAUAUACAGUGGUACUGAUGAUCCUGACGUACUUUCUGCCUGUGGGAUCGAUGACCUUUACUUAUGCUCGUAUUGGCAUGGAACUUUGGGGCAGUCAGAGCAUUGGUGAAUGUACACAACGCCAGGUGGAAAAUAUUCGCUCCAAGCGACGGGUGGUGAAAAUGAUGAUUGUUGUUGUGAUCAUAUUUGUGGUCUGCUGGCUGCCUACACAUAUCUAUUUUAUCGUGCUGUCUUACGUACCAUCUCUUAACCAGUCUACAUAUAUCCAAGAACUUUACCUGGGUAUUUACUGGCUCGCCAUGUCCAGCACCAUGUAUAAUCCCAUUAUCUACUUUUGGAUGAAUUCCAGAUUCCGUCGGGGCUUCAAACAGUUCUUCUCAUGGUGCCCGUUUGUGCACGUCCCGCCGGAGACGCUGUCUCGACGUGAAGCUGUCACGUCUCGCUAUAGCUACUCAGGCUCCCCGGAGGCGCAGUGUCGCAUCAUGAGGAAUGCGGCGGCGGUGGUGGUGUGGGGAGUCAUGGGCGACAGCGACGGCGGCCACGUACCACAGGUGCAUUCGGCCGUCGGUGUUGUUGUUUCUGAUGAAGCCAGGGCGGAUCAUUUUCCAGUUACCCUCUAG